GGUAUUGUGCACUCUCAUGUGUAUUCUCACAUAUAUCCCAUAUAUAAGUUUAUACUAUAUACUUGUUUAAAAGAUUUUCCGAUCCUCCACCUCUCAAAAAUUUUAUUUUUCUCAGAUUUUCAUGGAAGAUCCAUCACCAAACAAAAAAAAUAAUAACACAGAAAGUGAAAAUAGUAGUAAUACAAAAGAAGAAAGAAAAAACAACAAUAAUAAUAGUACAAGUAGUGAACCCGUUAGAUCAAGAUGGACUCCAAAACCGGAGCAAAUACUAAUACUUGAAUCCAUUUUCAAUAGAGGUAUGGUUAAUCCACCUAAAGAAGAAACUAUCCGUAUCCGGAAACUUCUAGAAAAAUUUGGUGCUGUUGGUGAUGCUAAUGUUUUUUAUUGGUUUCAAAACCGCCGUUCUCGGUCGCGCCGCCGCCAACGACAACUACAAGCUUCACUUGCCGCCACCGGGGCAUCACCACCGCUUGUUCCGCCACCUUUGUUAGGUGGUGAAAGCGGAAACGGUGGUGGUGUGAAUUUAUAUGAGUUUGGUCAACACCAACAACAAAAUUCUAGUGUUACAACAACAACAACAAUAGGAGGUAGUUCAUCUAGUGUUGGUUGUUUUGCACCUUGUUCUAGUGUUACUAGUAUUAGUAAUACUAAUACUUUUGGUGAUUGUGGUGGUGUUGAUGAUGUUUUUGGUAAUUUUUCUGGGAUUAUUAAUACUACCCAUCAAUUAGAUUGUCAUUCACAAGCUUCUAAUUUGGAUUUUCAAUCAGGACUUAUAACUGUGUUUAUAAAUGGAGUGGCGACACAAGUUCCAGAAGGAGUGUUGGAUAUGAAAAGUAUGUUCGGAGAGGAAGUUAUAUUGGUGCAUUCUUCGGGUGUGCCUGUUCCCUUCAAUGAUUUUGGAAUUUCACUACAAAGCUUACAGCAUGGCGAGAGCUACUUCCUUGUCCCAAGACUCUCUUAAAAAUGGGAACCUACCAACCAGUUUGGUCAUGCACUUCUACACAAAGCUAAAAUUUAGAUACUUCAUCAUUUUCUACACAUCUUGUAUCAUUUGGAUAAUCUUAUACUCAUCAAAUGCUGCAAUUUGCAUUAACAUCUCACAACUCUUUUUUAUAUGCAUAAUCCAAUCCUACUUCUUUAAUUCAUAAUGCAUGGCUUGUUUUGCAAAUGAAUGUUAUUUAGUUAAGUUUUUAACGACUUAGUUAUUUAUUAGAAUUUAUUAUCGAUGACUUUUAAAAAUCAGUUUUUAUCAAUAAAAAAAUAAAAAACCAAUUAAAAUGACGAUAUCUCAAACAUAUAUG